AUGCUCACGGUCUGGUGCGUCGCCGUCUUCUGCUGUUUGCUGACCCCCUCGCAAAGCCAGCUGCCGACAGAUGCCGUCAUCAGGGUCAAUAAAGGUGUCUUACACAAUGCGGUCUCCAACUCAAUGGCACAAAGCAAUGCCCUCCAAGGCGCAAUGCGAGACUUGCCCAUUGGCAACGGAGGUGGGGGCGACGGUGGCGGUCUGCUGGGAGGCCUCCUUGGUGGUGGAGGCGGUGGCGGAGGCCUACUUGGGGGUAUUACCGGUGGCCUGCUAGGGGGAGGAGGUGGUGGUGGUGGAGGACUUCUCGGCGGGGUCACUGGAGGCCUGCUUGGUGGCGGCGGAGGCGGCGGAGGACUUCUCGGCGGAGGCCUGCUUGGAGGAGGUCCUGCAGGGGGCAAUGAAGCUUACGGUGGUCGCCCAGCCUACGUGGUCGGUGGUGGACAGCUUGGCUAUGGUGCUGCUGAAUUCCGUGGCGAAGGUGGAGGUCCCGGCGCUGGAGGCCUGCUGGGGCGCGGAGGCCUGCUGGGUGACGGAGGCCUGCUUGGCACUGCAGGUAUUCUUGGCGGUGGCGGCGGUCUCCUUGGCAACGGAGGCCUGCUGGGCAACGGAGGCCUACUCGGUGGAGGCGGCGUCCUCGGCAUCCUCGGGGAAGGAGGCUUGCUCAGCACGGUCCAGGGCCUCACAGGGUUAAGAAUUGUGGAGCUGACCCUUCCCAGAAUCAAUCUGAGGCUUUUACCCGGGAUUGGGGUCCACCUGGAUUUGUACACCAAGGUGGCACUCAACGGAAAAAGUCUCCUUGGGCUGCUCGACGUCGGAGUGGAAGUAAACGUCACCGCGAUCGUUCGGCUGACAAUGGAUGGCACCGGCUACCCCAAGCUGGUGAUCGACCACUGCGAUACCCUUCUCGGAGGGAUCAAGAUCCGACUUCUCAGAGGCCUGCUUCCAAUUGUGGAUAAUCUACUGGCUCGGGUUCUUAGCAGACUUCUCCCAGAACUGCUUUGUCCCGUCUUAGACGUGGUCCUGGGCCUUGUGAACGAUCAGCUGGGCCUUGUGAACUCUCUGGUCCCGCUGGGUAUCUUGGGGAGUGUCCAAUACACGGUCUCCAGUCUCCCGCUGGUCACGGGGCACUUCUUGGAAAUUGAUUUAAACACUGUUGUGGGGCAGGUGGCUGGGCCCCUCCUUGACUACCCCUUGGGCAAGCCAGCAGCCGUGUCCAUGCCGCCGAGGGGCCCGGCUCCUCCAAUGCCCCCCAUGCCCCCCAUGGCUGAUACAUCAAAUUCCCAGCUGGGACUCUCAGUCAACUUCCUCAGCUCAGUGCUGGCUGUCCUGCAGAAGCAAGGGGCCCUGGACAUCGACAUCUCUGACGGGAUGUUCCCUGAACUUCCUCCAUUGACAACGUCAACUCUUGGGGCUUUGAUUCCAGCGGUGUUCCAGAUGUUCCCAGAGCCACGGUCUCUCAUUCUGAAGGUGUCCGUCGCUGAUGUCCCCACAGUGAAACUGCAGAAAGACAAAGGCCUCAUCCAUCUCACCGCCACUGCCGAAGUGUUGGCGUCCAAGCCAAAUGAUGCUCACCAAUCCCUCUGUGUCCUAAGCAUUGACACGUCUUUGAUGGCCAAGUUUUCCGUCGAAGACAACAAGCUGAAGAUUGGCGUCGAGCUUGACAAAACGCACAUCACCGUGGCGUCUUCGUCCCUUGGGAAAUUUGAUGUUUCGCUCCUGGAGGGAUUGGUUGGCAAGAUUUUUGAGAUCGCCUUCCUUCCAGCAAUGAACAGUGUGUUAGGAGGGGGCGUCCCUCUCCCCAAACUGCUGGACAUCGACUUCAACAAUGCAGACAUUGAUGUCAUUGAAGAUCUGCUUGUGCUCUCUGCAUGA